AUGGGUUACACGUGCGGUUCCCUCAAGAAAGGGCAAAAACGCUACACGGUUAACUUCUUUACACCAUUACCUUCUUCUGCACUGUUUUUUGUUCUUCCAGUUCAUUUGAACACAGACGUAACUCUUAUAUCAGAGGUGAAAUUGCUAACACGGACAACCGAUAUUGUCUCAAUUCCUUCACUCAAUCACCAUGAGGUUUUGACUGCGAUUGGGAAUUUCUGUAUUUGUUCUAUCAUUGUUGGAAUGGUGAUCGAGAUAAUCGGAGCGAUUACGAAAAGAAUGACAGCCGUAGAAGAAAUGGCAGGAAUGGACGUUAUUUCCAGUGACAAAACCGGAACGUUGACUUUGAACAAGCUUACAGUUGACAAGAAUCAUAUCGAAGUCUGUUGCGUAGAUGCUUUCAUAGUGAUACAUAAAUUUAAAUGUUGCUCAACACCCCAACCAACAUUCAAACAGUUCCAUCAUUCAAAAUUCAUUGUACAUCCUAGAGAAAGUGCGUCCGAUGAGAGAAAUGCCAGUCAGCCAACACUCGAAUCUUCUCUGCAUGAGCAGACAAACUCGACCUAUUUACGCUUAAAAACAGCGUGUGAAGUUCGAAUCUUUAACUCCACUUACAAGUACUUUGAGGUUAUCUUGGUUGACCCUGCACAUGCGGCUAUCCGUAACGACCCACGGAUCAACUGGAUCUAUAACCCGUUGCACAAACACAGAGAGCUUCGCGGACUAACAUCUGCUGGAAAGAAAUACAGAGGUCUGCGUGGAAAGGGACACUUGAACCACAAGGCUCGCCCUUCAAGAAGGGCUACAUGGAAAAGGAACAACACUCUUUCUCUUCGUCGUUAUCGUUGAAGGGUUUAUUAUAUGCAAGUUUGUUAUGGUGGUUACACCUUUUCUAGGGAUGUUUUUUUGGGCUGGAAACUUGCAGUUUUUUUAUU